AUGGCUCAAAUGGAUCCUUCAACGGGAGCCUUUUGGCUCCCUCGCACAACUUGCACAAUUUGCGGCUUGGUGAUCACAACGAUCUCCAACGACGAUCCACUCUGGUUGUCAAAAUACCGUGUUCUCUAUGACGAGGAAGCCAAUGAGCAACAAAUGUCUGGAAAUAUCAAGGUCUCCGGGAUCGGGGGGGAUAGGCAGGACAUCUCCCGCGACCGCGUUUAUUUUCCUAGAGACUAUACGAAAACCCUCGAGUUCUCGUGGGGCUCUGACAAAGAAGGUGUGGGAAAAGUCGACCUCGGAACUCGGACAGCCCACAUAUUCCAUGAUUAA